ACCUCGGUAAUAGUGAGAUUGGUAAUUCAGCAAUCAGGGAAAUUGCUCGUUCAUGUCAUAAUCUAAAAUUCCUUGGCUUAGAGUGCUGUAGCGGUAUUAGCAGAAAAGUAUUAGGAAAGCUUGAUCGGAAUAUCGAGAUAGAAUGGCCUGAUUCAGAUAGUGAUAAUGAGUCUGUGCAGAAUCUAUCUGGCCCGGAGUGGUGA